AAAUAAGGGACAGUACCGGGGAGUGAGACAAGCCAUCCCACACCAAGCUAGACAGAGAUGGACCAAUCAGGACAGCAGCAACAGGGUGGAGCAAGCGGCCAGGUCUCCCGUACCGCUGGUCUACCCCUGACGGACUUUCUAAUGCAGCUGGAGGAGUAUAACCCAACAAUUCCUGACGCAGUGACGGCCUACUACCUCAAUUCAUCUGGUUUUGAUACUGCUGAUGGGAGGCUAGUCCGCCUGAUAUCCCUCGCGGCCCAGAAAUUCGUGUCGGACAUCGCCAACGACGCACUCCAACACUGUAAAAUGCGUGGUGCCCAGCAGAGUUCCAGCAAGACCAAGGGGAAAGACAAGCGCUUCACCUUGACCAUGGAGGACUUGACCCCGGUGCUGUCCGAGUAUGGCAUCACCGUAAAGAAGCCUCACUAUUAUAUCUAGGAGGAAGGGGGCGAGAGAGUAUGUGUGUGUGUGUGUUUGAGAGAGUAUGUGUGUGUGUGUGUUUGAGUGAGUAUAUGUGUGUGUGUUUGAGUGAGUAUGUGUGUGUGUGUUUGAGAGAGAGUAUGUGUGUGUGUGUGUGUGUUUGAGAGAGUAUAUGUGUGUGUGUGUUUGAGAGAGAGUAUGUGUGUGUGUGUUUGAGUGUGUGUGUGUGUGUGUGUGUCCCUAUCUUCAGUAUAUUCCCUCCCAGUUUCCCAUCGUCACUCUUUCUUCUCUCCUCCUUCUCUCCCUAUCUCCUCCUCUUCCAUUCUUAUUUAUCCCUCCUCUCCUCCUCCUUCUCUCCCUUCCACACACACACACACACCUAAAAAAAAACAUCACCCUAUCGAAAACUAACCCAAGACUAACACAUCAAUUUCAAAGUCUUAUAAUGUGUAGCAAACUUGAUAUUUUUUUGUAGUCUCUGUGAAGCCUAGAAAAAUAUAUGCCUUGUUUAUGGAGUAGAUUUGUGUUAUGGAAAAUGUCUUAAGAAUGUGCAGGAAUAAAUGGUUUAGAUAUGGAA